AUGACGGCUGGCGGUGUGGGCUUGGCGGCCCUGCUGCACGGCGGCAGCGGCCACGGCAUAGCUGCGGCAGCUGCGGCGGCGGCCGCGGCGGGGAUCGCAGCGGCGGCAGCAGCAGAGGCGUGGGUGGCCCCGGGCCGCCACCGCAACCCGUUUGUGGCGAGCGCGCGUGAGGCGGCGGCGCCCGGGACCUCGGGCAUCUGCCCACUCGGCUAUGGAGUAGGGGACGAUCCGAAGCACCUCUACAAA